CAGCAUCUUGUGGUUGCGCUGCAGCUGUUUGCCCCACUCUCUCUCCGCUCCGACGAGGCACCACCACUGUGCUUGUACUCUCUCCGCCCGCGGACCCGCCCAUCCCGGAGUCUCUUGUCGUCGUCGCGCUCCUCUUUCCACCACUGGUUUUUGGUGCACGUGCACCCCACCCACAAUAAACCCGUCCUCAUCCUUUCUCAUAACGCCUCUCACUCUCUCCUUUACUCUCUUCUUCAUCGUCUCUGUAACACUAUCAACUCGGUCGCAAGCAUCACCAUCACACGGCGCCGACCCCCCCACCCACACAGCAUACGCACUUCCCCCGCCGCCGCCGCUCCCCACUCCCCGCACCGCCCGGUACCCACGUCGCGCGCGUCGCUCGGCCCUCCCCAGCUGCCUGCGUCGCCCCCGCCCCUUGACCUUGGUUAUUUCACAUUCUCGCGUCUCUCUCCUCUCCGCGCGUCGUGCGACUCUGUUAUUUUCAGCCCGUAACGAUCACCGUCACGCACCUCCCCCCUUCCCCUCCUCGGCCCCACUCGUUCGGCCGUCUUCUUGUACACCUCCUCCUCGACUAGGCACCCGCCGUCGUCGUCUCUCUUCCCGCGUCGCGCUCGUCGUCGUCCGCCCCGCGGUCUCCUCGUCUCGCCGCUGGCAAAUCCCUCACACCCACCACGACCAUGUUUGGCCGGGCACGCUCUGGCUGGGAGCGCAUCGUCGUCGCCCAGCGCGCCCACAUUACAGAUCCGACGUUUGUGAACCUCAACCUGUCGCGCUUUGGCAUUGCGUGCGCCUUUGCGCUCCUCUGUCUCGUCUUCAACAUUGUCGCCCUCGUGUUGCACAAGACGCACUCGCAUUCAACAAGGGUCAACAACUAUGCGCCAUUCAUCACCUCCAUUGUCGUCAGCUCGCUCAUCCUCAUCAACAAUAUCGCCGGCAUCAUCGUCAUCCGCCCCUACCGGAAAAAGCUCCCUCGCCCACGCUUCCACUUCACCGUCUACCACAUUGCUAAUGCAAUCCUCUGCCUCGCCGCCCUCGGUGGCGCGAUCCAGACGCUCCACUUUACCUCGACUCAAAAGUCGCGCGUCGCUCCCGGGAAAACCUACCGCAUGUUCCUCACGCUCGACGUCUUCAGCCUGGUCGUCCAGAUCAUCAUGAUCGCGUCGAUUGUGCUCGUGUCGUACGGCUCGUCGUUCCUCUCUGGCGCGCGCACUUCAAAGCUCGUCAUCUUAUUCCUCGCCGUCGCCCAGAUCCUCAUGGGCAUCUUGCUCAUCACCCACAACUGGGCUCCGUGGUUGAACACUGAUGCCGGCUCGCGCACCAUCCUCCCCCUCUUCCAGCAGCUCGAAGGAUGCCUCAUCAUCUGCCAGUCACUCAUCGCCUUCACCCUCACCCUCGCCGUCAAGCAGAGAUUCGGCAUCAACAACCUCGUCUCGCGUCUCAUCAACGUGCACUACUUCUACGUCAUCAUCUUUGAGAUCUACGGCGUGUGCAUCUGGGCCAUCAGUCUGUUCCGCCAGAGCCAGGAGAACCACGGCUCGGCCAUGAACAUUGUCAUCAUCGGCAUCUGCCUGUUCACCAUGGCCAUCUGCUGUGUGUUUGUGGGCCGCCUGCAAAAGGUCCCCGAGUCGGGUCUCAAGGUCGCCAAGAUCAACCUGUUCGACUUGUCGUCCAAGCAGCGCAAGGAGCUCGCAGACCGCAUCUCGGCCAACAACCGUAUUGGCGAGCCCGACGGCACGCACGCACUCGGACUGCUCACUGGCUUCUCGCGCUGGAAGACGGGCGACAACAUCUCGUGCACCGUCGUGCGCGUCUACCACGAGGAGCAUGACAAGGAGCAGCCCCCACAGUCGCUCAUGCCCUUUGGCUCGACAGUCGACCUCAACUCGUAUGACAAGGUCAAGGCUUGGCAGGGUCUUGACGAGGAGAACUGGAUCUUUAGCGAUGGCAAAGCCAUCCCGCUGCCCACGCUCGGUUCCAACCUCGAAGAGGACAAGACGCCCAAGCCGCCUCCCAUCACCAAGUCGAAGCGCAAGCGUCUUGAGAAGAAGUACAAGGCCCAGGGCUUGACCAAGGACGAGAUUGAGGCCGCCAUCCAGGCCGAGAUUGACGCCGACACCCCAGACGACAAGACUGCAGUCGAGGAAGAGGAGCCCGGACUCCCCGCAGAGGAGUUCAAGGCCAUCCUCGAGCGCACAGAGGCGCUCGUCCUCCUCACGGUUAUCGACAAGUUUGACCUGACCACGGAAAUCGGCGGCAAGUUUGGCGACUUCAUCACCAAGUACUUUGGCAAGGGAUCCAAGACCGAGUGGCUCGUCGUCCGCCUCGGCCUCGUCGGCGCUCACUGGCCCUUCCGUCCCGCCAUCUUCCGUCUGUCCAAGACCAAGCGCCCAGUCGCCCGCAACGCUGCCAUCCUCCGCUCGCUCACCGAGUGGAACGAGGGCCUGCCGUCCAAGGAGCGCUUUGGAUUUAUUCUCGCGCCGCACUACACCAACGACAGCCACUCGCGCUCGAUUGCCCCCGGUGGAUGGCAGCAGAUGGCCCUCCCGCCGACCCACAUUGCCGAUCUUCGUCCGUUCUCUGGCCUCGACAUCAAGGGCUACCUCAAGGCGAUCAAGUACCGCGACCAGUCCAAGAACUUUGAGCGCGAUGGCGGCGUGGUGGUGCUCUCUGAUCAGUUCCUCCCCGACGAGGUCGACCGCGCGUACAACCUGUGGAAGUCGGUCGCGCACAAGCGCUCCAACGACGGCCACACGGCCACGCUCGCCGAGCCAGAUGCCGAGCUCUUCAGAGGCUUUGCCGACCCGGUCGUGGCCGAGAGCAAGACCUGGCAGCUCAUGUUCCUCAUGGUCAAGGACGUGUGCGUCGCCUCGUGCGUACUGGUACGCCUCGGCGACACGAUCACAUCCGACAUCCAGGGUCUCGACUACGAGGAGGGCCACCGACUCAAGGCCUACUUUGUCAUGAUGCAGAGCACCAUUGACAUUGCGCUCAAGGAGAAGAUUAGCUUUGUCGAAUUCGGCCCGUCGACGGCCAAGCCCAAAAUGGACAUUGGGUGCACGCCGUUCCCAAUGACGGGCGCGCUGUACGUCCGCAGCCCCAUCCUUUCGGUCAUGGUCAAGCUCGCCGCCAAGAAUGUCGACAUUUAAGUGUAUAGGGGCGUUCCAGGUUGCACGCAGUAGCCACGCCAAUUCACCCGUCACCGUCACCUGUAUUUAGCAUUACGACCUGAUGUAUCUACUGUAUUCUAAG